AUGGCUCCCGCCAUGACCAGCAGCGGGAGCACUCGCAGAGGUUCCUAUACCUCCCGCCAUCCCUCUCGGGACAGCAGUGACAUCUCUAUCUCUCUGUAUGUUUCUCUCUACGCCUUUCGCUCGGGUGGGUUGGCUCCUGUGUGCAUUUUCAUUUCUAGGGUUUGGGGUGUCCUUCGUGAUCUUAUACCGGUGUUCUUGAGGCCUUUGGUCACAUUCUGAGAUUCGAGCAUCUUGGGGUCUCGGAAAUCUGUAUGUUUCUCUUUCCGUCUUUCCCUCGAGUGGUGUUGUUCCUGUUUGCAUUUUCAUUUUUUGGGUCUGAGGUGUUCUUCGUGACCUUAUGCCGGUGUCCUUGAGGCCAUUGGUCACAUUCUGAGAUUCGAGCAUCUCGGGGUUUCAUAAAUUUAGGAGGGAAGGUCGUAGAGUGAGAUAACUAUCGGGUGGAGGUCUGGGGUAUUCUUCUCCGAAGCUAAGUCACCAUGGGUAGCUCGAUGUGGAUUUCUAUGGAUGACUAUAUGUAGUUUCCGAACUUCUGCUGUAGUUGCUCUAGGGUUUCCUGGCUUUAUCCGGCAUGCGUAGAUGACGGUAUCUCGAAGAUGCCUGGGCUACAUCGACUGUCCAUUUCAGGGUUGCUGAUGGUGUGGUCUUUACGUUGUAGGUCACAGGUUUUUGACUAUCUUGCUAUCGUGGAUACGUCCGUCUCCAUAUGGCAUCAGGCGUCUUCGCAAAAUGUCUCUCUCAAGAUGGGCGUGCCAGGGGGACUACUGCGCUACUUCGAUCACCCAGCAAUGUAGGAAUAGUUUCAAGAGCCAGGCGGCGUCAUCACGAUGUGGCCCAUAUGAAAUUCUUCUUCCACAGAAAGGUAUGGGGUAUCACCCAGCGUGCAGGGACUCGGUACAGGGUAUCAUGUCUCUCCGCCAUUAGAAGAGGGAAAACUGCUGUUCGGGGUAGCUCUGAUGCGGAGCCCCAAAUGUCUGAGGUAGUUGUGACAUAGGUCUCUCUUAGCUUUGACGACAUCACUAGUAGAAGGUGAUAAAACUGUGUGAGGUGUAUUGAUUUUCAGAGGGAGGAAGUGGGAUUAUGGGGAGUCCUUCUUCAGAAUGCUGCAAUACAAUGGAGGCAAGUGCAGGCUGUGGCUAUAGCUGGAUCACUGGCAUGCAUUUUUAUGGCCGUUCCAUCAGCUUCUGCUGUUGAUGCACUGAAGACUUGUGCUUGUCUAUUGAAGGAGUGCAGGUCUCUCUCAGACACUCAUAUAUCUUCCAGUUUAUCUACCUUCCAUUCUUUAAUUAUUUGAAACCGAGACGUUUCUUCUAUGCCACACUUUCAGGGUUUCUUCCUCACAAAUUUUAAUCUCCAAUAAUUCUCCGGUUUCAAAUCGGUAAAUCUCUGUUUAUUUUUCAGGAUAGAACUAGUCAAGUGCAUUGGGAACCCAUCCUGUGCAGCAAAUGUAGCAUGCCUCCAGACAUGCAAUGAUCGCCCUGAUGAGACCCAGUGCCAGGUUGGUUCUCUACUGACACAAGUCGAGAAAAGCCACAUUCUUUGAUGGAUGUAAGCCGAUCAUGGGUUGAACUGCUCAUAGUCUGACUUUUGUUGCAGAUAAAGUGUGGUGAUCUGUUUGAGAAUAGCGUUGUUGAUGAAUUCAAUGAGUGUGCAGUAUCGCGAAAGAAAUGCGUUCCGAAGAAGUCUGAUGUUGGGGAGUUCCCUGUCCCGGACCCAUCUGCCCUGGUCACGAAGUUCAAUAUGUCAGACUUCAAUGGGAAGUGGUACAUAAGUAGAGGGCUGAAUCCGACCUUUGAUGCUUUUGACUGCCAGUUGCAUGACUUCCAUGUGGAGUCAGACAAACUAGUGGGGAACCUGUCAUGGCGGAUACGGACUCCAGAUGGUGGCUUCUUCACUCGGUCCGCGGUGCAGAAAUUCGUUCAAGACCCUGUGCAGCCUGGAAUAUUAUACAACCAUGACAACGAAUACCUUCAUUAUCAGGAUGACUGGUCUCUCUUUCUACUCAUUAUAAUCCUGCGGCUGUUUUUUUUUUUUUUUCCAUCAUUUUUGCUAUAACUUCUCCUUCUCAUCCCCAUUAGUUUACAUUUAUUUUAUUCCCCAUUUUAGCAUCAAAUGAGCUUGCCAACUUCCCUAAAAGAUCUCACUAACCCAUCUUGUGUCUUCUACAGGUACAUUCUCUCAUCCAAGGUUGAAAACAGCAGUGACGAUUAUAUAUUUGUGUAUUAUCGGGGAAGGAAUGAUGCAUGGGAUGGAUAUGGUGGAUCUGUUUUGUAUACAAGAAGUGCUGUGCUUCCAGAGAGCAUAGUGCCUGAGCUGGAGAGAGCGGCAAGGAGUGUGGGAAGGGACUUCAGCAAGUUUAUCAGAACAGAUAACUCCUGCGGCCCUGAACCCCCUCUGGUGGAGAGACUAGAGAGGACGGUGGAAGAAGGGGAGAAGACUAUCAUCAGGGAAGUGGAGGAGAUUGAAGGGGAGGUGGAGAAGUUGGGUAUAACCGAACUUAGCUUGUUCGAGAGACUAUCUCAGGGAUUGAUGGAGAUUAAGAGCGACAUUGAGUACCUCCUGAUGGGGCUGAGCAGGGAGGAAAUGGAGCUCCUGAAUGAUCUAAAGAUGGAAGCAAGUGAGGUGGAGAGGCUUUUCGGACGAGAGCUGGCCAUUAGAAAGCUGAGAUAG